AUGCAGGCUCUCCAUGCUACCGCAAACCAAACACUCACGGAGAACAUGGCGCCUACCUUGGAGUCCACCCUCUCGCCUACCCUUGAUGCUUUCAGGGCCUUGGACGGAUUCCAAAAGGACAAUCUUGCGGAAGUGCUGAGCAAGUCUUGGGCAGAGGAUGCGCCCCUCACCCUUCGUCUCAUCUGGCAGCUGAGGAGCGUUCCCGACGGCAAGGGUGAAAAGGAGGCCUUCUACCGGCAAUGGCUCAUCUUUUCUUUCAGUGCCUUUGGGUGGUUGUACGACAAUCAUCCUCGUACCGCCAUUUCCAAUCUCCAUCUCCUCUAUGAGCCCGUCUGCUUCAACGACAAAAUCAAAAACGAUACUGGUCGUGCCCAUGGAUAUUGGAAAGACUUGCUCAACAUCCUCGCACUUGCCACAGUUGAUGAACUCGGGUCAGAUGAAUCCACCUUCCUUCAUCGUGAGCACAACAAGGAGAGUCAGCGUCAGGCUCGAGAGGCGCGAGCGGCUCGUGGGUUGGAACGGUAUGAGACUCUCGCAUCCAAGCUCAAGGAACCUAAAUAUCGGGCCCUAUACAUCGCUGUUGCUCGUCUAUUUGCCGCUCGUCUCUGCAUGGAUAUUUCUUUGUUGACCCAGUCAGAGUCCAUCCCCACGGAGGCCGGUCGUCUCUCCCAUCUUCGUCAGCUCUCUCUGGUCGGAAAAUGGGCACCGAGUGCAGGCGGUUCCCAUGACCGGUUCACUAACAUUACUACAGCCAUCAGCUACCUCAUGUAUAAUUCGCGCGCGAGCCUCCCCAUCAUGUUCCCCUCGUCUCUCGAGUCUUCUACCGUCCACCCCUUCGAAAAGGCCUCUAUCCUUCGUUCAUUCUUCCAGCGUUGGGUUCUCACCCCUCUUCGUACAGCCUCUGAGAUACCCGAGACAUACAUGUCGGCGAAUCGGUGGGAUGAGAUCAAAUACACCCGUGUCCCCUCAGUGUGUAUGAAGAACAACAGCGAACGGUUCUUCAAGCAUGAUCCCGAGGGCUUCCAGGAUUACAUGAUUGAGGUUGAGAGCGGAAAGAAAACUAUUAGUGGUGCAACCCUCAUGCCCAAUGAAAUCCUGCACCAAAUAGUUGCACACUCAGCUGAUCGCGGGGCAUCAGAAAAGUAUCCAAAGCUCGCAGAGUUCAAAAAGACCAUUGCCGAGAACAAAGUGCGUGUAGCAGAGGCUCAGUGGAACACUCUUAUCUCCAGACUCCGUGAGUCGGGAUCCAUCGACAACGCUAUUGCUUUGUGCGACGUCUCUGGUUCCAUGGGAAGUUUCCAACACAGCGAUGCCAAAGAUCCCAUCCUGCCCGCUCUAGCCCUGUCGCUGGUUCUCUCCAAACUUUCCAAAGCGCCUUUCAACGAUGGCUUCAUCACCUUUUCUCGUCGUCCUGAAUUCAUCCGUCUGGAUCCUACCAAGUCGCUCUACGAUACCGUUGCCGGGAUGGUCGAGACGAACUGGGAGAUGAACACAAACUUCAAUGCAGUCUUUAUGGAUCUUCUCCUUCCUCUUGCUAUCAAGCACAACAUCAAGCAGGAGGAUAUGAUCAAGCGGUUCUUUGUGUUCUCGGAUAUGCAGUUUGAUGAGGCAGACGGCCAGUCGAGCGAUCCUGCGGCUUGGGAGACCAACUACGAUAUGAUCGAGAAGGCGUACAAGGCGGCAGGGUAUGAGGUGCCUCAACUUGUCUUUUGGGAUCUCUCCCGAUACGGUACUACGCAAGUCAUGGCGGAGCGCAAGGGAAUUGCUUUGAUGAAUGGAUUCUCGCCUGCGUUAAUGAAAGUGUUCAUGGGAGAGUGUGAGGAGGGGGAACUUGAGGGAUGGGAGAAGGUCGCAGAGGGCAAUGAGAAGGUAAAGAAGGAAGAUGAAUUUAAUCCCUUGAAUGUCAUGAAGAAAUCGGUGAUGAAGAAGAGUUUCGACGGGCUGGUCGUUGUCGAUUGA